AUGGCACCUCUUUCUGAAGAAGAGGAAAACUAUGUUCGAUUAGUGUUGUUUCUGAAAGGAGUUGCACCUAGAGCAGUUCGUACACUGUUUGACAGAGAAUUUCCACCAAUUCAUCUACCUUCAACUCUGAAUACAAACUACAACACUUUGGAUGACUUGAAAUUCAAGAGAAUUGUGAACCAGGCUCAAUGGAAUCUUUUGUUUCCGAGAAAUGGGGUACCCGAUUCGAAAACGUUUGAUGUAACAUUGAUGAUCUGUUUGAUCAGAAACUUGACAUCUGUCAUUCCUGCAAUCAAUGGAUUUGACAGUCUACCACUGCCAGCGCAGACAACUCCAGGAUCUGAUCUAGCAAGAAUAAAAUAUUACAGGAACAAACUAGCUCACUAUGAUAGUAAUACGAUAGACACUGCUUAUUUCAAUACAGCGUGGACAGAUAUAUCAGAUGCUGUAGGCCGAUUAGGAGGUCAAGCAAUGUAUCAAGAGUGUCAAGAGUUAAAGGUGAAAAUUUUAGAUCAGUCAAAUCAGGAAGUUAUAUUGGAAAUCAAACAGUCACUAGAAGAAAUGAAAGAACUGAGACAACAAAUGGACAAUUUGGGGAAGGAACACUCAAAAGUGACAGAUAAUCUAAGAGAGUUACAGGAUUCUCACAUAACACUGCAAACUUCCCACAGUUCCUUACUUGCUGAACACUUAAAAGUCACAAAAAUGUUGAAAGACCCAAUACCAUGGAACAUCAGAGCACCUUGCCGAUGUAUCCGCCUACUAAUUAUGCUGACCUGCUAAACCAAACAAAGAACAUAGGGG